AAAAAAAAAAAUAAAAAAAAUAAAAAAAAAAAAAUUAUGACAACUUUGAUUUCACGUCACUAUUUUAGUUACAAGUAAUAUGAAUGCUUUUCGUUUUCUUUUUCUUUUCUUUUUUGUCAUUAAUGAACUAUCAAACAGAAUUAAAGGACAUUAAUCGAGAGAUUGAUUCCAUUGAGACAUCAAUAGCAAUUCUUGAAGAAAAUAGAAAUGAAUUACUUUCAAGGAGAAAUCAAUUAUUAGAUCUUUUAGCACAAGAUGCUAUUCAGAAUAAACGUCAAGUGGAAGCAUCACAAUAUGAAGAAGAGAAAUUUCCUUGGUCUAAAGAUUUGAGAAAGGCAGCUAAAGAGUAUUUUAAAGUGGAUCAAUUUCGUCAUUUACAAUUGCCUAUUUUAAAUGCUGCACUUGAUCAAGAACGUGAUCUCUUUGUUCUGUUGCCAACGGGUGGUGGAAAAUCAUUGUGUUAUCAAUUACCUGCUGUAUUAGAAGAAGGAUUUACAUUAGUUGUAUCACCUUUAGUAUCACUUAUUAAAGAUCAAGUUUAUCAUCUUCAGGAAGCGAAUGUACCUUCUGUUUAUUUAACUGCUUCAUCUACAAAAGAAGAAGUCAAUACCAUUCAACGUGAUAUGGUUCCUAAAAAUAAAAAUGAAUCCACCCCCUUUAAAUUAUUAUAUGUUACACCUGAAAAAAUUGCAAAGAGUAAAAGAUUUAUGGCUAGAUUAAAUAAAGCUUAUGAUGCUGGUAUGUUGACGAGAAUUGUGAUUGAUGAGGCCCAUUGUUGUUCUCAACAAGGACAUGAUUUUAGACCUGAUUACAAACAAUUAAAUAUUUUAAGAACCAUCUUUCCUAAAACAAAGAUUAUGGCAUUAACAGCUACUUGUCCAUGGUCAGUCAUGAAGGAUGUAAUGAAGAUUUUAAAUAUGAAACAGCCUCAAGUAAAAGAGGGUACACUUGUAUUUAGUGCACCUCUUCAUCGUCCAAACCUUGCUUAUAGAGUAGUACAACGACCGGAUUCAGCGGAAGAAACAAUCCGACAUAUUGUUGAUUGGAUCCUUACACAUCAUCCUAAUGAAUCUGGUAUCAUUUAUUGUCUUAGUAAGAAAGAUACUGAAGUUGUUGCUCAGAGUAUAUUUACAGAAAGUCGAGGAAAGAUUCGAUGUGGUUCAUAUCAUGCUGAUAUGGAUGAGGAAGAUAAAGAGUUAAUUCAUCAACAAUGGAGAAAUGGACGCGUUCAAGUGAUUAUAGCCACUAUUGCUUUUGGAAUGGGUAUUAAUCAUUUAGAAACGAGAUUUAUUAUACAUCAUUGUAUGUCAAAAUCAAUUGAAGGUUAUUAUCAAGAAAGUGGGAGAGCAGGACGUGAUGGUAAACCUGCAGAAUGUAUCAUUUACUAUCGUGGCACAGAUGUAAUGCGUUUAUCCUCACUUGUAGUAGGUGAAGUGAGUGGAAUGAAUGGAUUAUACGAGAUCACUAAGUAUGCUCAAGAUAAUGUUACUUGUCGUAAGGUUUUAUUUGAAAAGUAUUUUUAUUUGGAAUCUUCAUCAGAAGAAGGCUUAGUAAAUAAAAUUACACCUGAUAUACCCUGUGGUAUUUGUGAUAACUGUACAAGACCCAAAGAUCAAAUUAGGGUAACUGAUAUACGUCAGAUAGCUGAAUCUAUCAUCCGAUUAUGUAUCAUGCUGAAAGAUCACAAUAUAAGAGUGACUAUGAAAAAGCUGGUUCAAAUGGUUCAAGGUAGAGAAUUAGGUAUUGUGAAGACUCAUGUAUUAAAUCAUCCACAAAUUAAAAUUCCUAUUGAUCGUGACUAUAAUGAAUAUGAUAUUGAACGAAUGAUAGCCCAUUUACUUGCUGAAGGAUACUUGAAUGAAGACUUUUUAGUUACUGCUUAUUCUACUAUUACGUAUAUCAUCGUCGGACAACUUGGUAGAAAUUUAUUAAGAGCCUCCAAUAGAAAAAUUGAAGUUAGUUUCCUUGUAUCUUCUAAUAAUAAGAAAAAGAGAAAACUUCAAGAAAUAGAAAAGCAUUCACCAGAAUAUAUUUACCUUGAUUAAUGUCUUUUAUAUUUGUAUAUAAAUGUAUAUCUUCCAUUUAUAGCAAUGAUAAACCAUUGUAUUACCUUACACGAUCUCAUUCUCUCCCCCAAACAUUUGUAAUUAUUUUCUAGUAAAAAAAGAGUCAGCAGGGGAAGGAGGGGGUGUAUAUAGGAUAACUCCGAUUUAUAUACAUAUUUCUAUAUUUA